AUGGAGGAAAUCCAAGUGGAGGAAAAACCAAAUGGAAAGAAAAGCCAAAUGGAAAGAAAAGCCAAAUGGAUGGAAAGGCCAAGUGGAGGGAAACCAAAUGGAAAACAGAACAAACUGGAAAAGAAAACAAAAAAUGGAAAAAAAAAACAAACGGGGGAAAAAAACUUGUAA